GAUCACUUCAGUUCGCCCGUCAAUUAUUAGGAGGAUGCACAGCAGCAGCAGCAUGUUCCCGCUGGCGUUGGGCUUGUUUGUUUUGUCUUUCAGUCGAAGCUCAGCACGCUCCACAGAAAACGGCUCCAUGCUGCUCCCUCGGACGUUCUCGGCUCGCUUCGUCCUGGUGACCGAGGAGCCCGUGGACUACAUCGACCUGUCUGCCUUGGAUGGUGUGGACGACGACGCGGGCUCGGGUCUGGAGACGGAGCAGAAGCCGGAGAAGGAACCCGGCCAGCACCAUCACCCGCAGAGGCACUACGUGGUGUCCGAGGAAGCCAAGGCGUUCCUGCAGGGCCGCCUCUCCACCGCCUUCGUCCCCACCGUGUACACGCUGGUCUUCGUCGUCAGCGUGCCCCUCAACCUCCUGGCCGUGGGCAUGUUCGCGCACCGCGUCCGGCCCAGGAAGCCCGCGGCCAUCUACAUGCUGAACCUGGCCUGCGCCGACCUCCUGUUCGGCCUGCUGCUCCCCUUUAAAAUCGCCUACCACUACCGCGGCAACGACUGGGUGUACGGCGCCUUCAUGUGCCGCCUGGUGACGGCGGCCUUCCACUGCAACAUGUACUGCUCGGCGCUGCUCGUCAUGUGCGUCGGCGUGGACCGCUUCCUGGCCGUGGUCUACCCCAUGAACUCCCUGACGUGGCGCAGCCCUCAGACCGCCGCGGCCGUCUGCGCGGCCAUGUGGGUGCUGUCCCUGGGCGGGGUGUCGCCCCUCCUGAUCUCGGGACAGACGCUGCGCUUGUCCGAACUUGGAAUCACCACGUGCCACGACGUGCAGGACGGGGAGACCCUCCGGUCCUACUAUCUCUACUUCUUCCCCGUCUACUCUUCGGUCUUCUUCUUCAUACCCCUGGUCUUCACCGUCGUCUGCUAUGUGCGGAUCGUCCAGGCUCUGGCGGUGGCCAACGUGGAGAACCGCUCCAAGAAGACGCGCGCCAUGGUGAUGGCUGUGGUGGUGCUGCUUGUGUUCGUGGUCUGCUUUACGCCCACCAACGUCAUCCUGAUGGCUCACUACGUCCAGGUCGGCCGCGCGGCCAGUGACGGCUCCUACCAGGCCUACCUGCUGUCCAUGUGCAUGGGCAGCCUCAGCUGCUGCCUGGAUCCCCUCCUCUAUUACUACGGCUCCUCUCAGUGCCAGAAGCAGGUGGCGGCAGUGUUCAGGUGCGCGCGGCUGGCACCGGCGGCGAGCACCUCGGUGACGCGCAGUUCGCGCACAAGCGGGUCGAGCAGCAGAUCCUGCAUUGUGGAGAGCGCGGGGAGCCAGUACAACAAGCUGGCGGCUUAGGGAAGCGGACGUGAAGAACCAGAAUCUUAAAAAAGAAAAGAAAAGAAAAAAUACUUUCACAGACGCUCCUGUGCAGGAGUGUGUGUGGCCCUUUAAUUUAUUGGAGUUUCAUUGUCAUACAGCAAUGCAAGGUGGUGCAUGAUUGGAACCUGGAAGGAAAAGGAUACGUGGCUUAAAGGUA